AUGGAGGCGCCGCCGCAGAUCCGCCAAACCCUAAGCGAGAUCAGCAGCCGGACCCCCGCGGCCCUCCGGAUCGCCGUGGGCAUCCGCCUCGGGAGCCUGCCGCCCUCCGCCGCCGCCGGCCGCGAGGACGUCGCGAGGUACGCCGCCUCCCUGGCGCGGCAGCUGCAGCCGCGCGCGCGGCGGAGUAGCCCCCCCACGGGCGCGGCCUUGAGGAUGAGCGCCGCGUCGUGCUACUUGCCGGAGCACGACGAGGACGCGCACUUCUUCCACGCCGUGGCCGGCGUCAUCGGCGUGGCGGACGGCGUCGGGGGGUGCCGCUUGGAGGGCUUGGACGCCGCCGCGUUCUCGCGCGGGCUCAUGGCGAGCGCGCUGUCGGAGGUCGUGGCGUCCUCCGCCGCCGCGCCGCCGCCGCCGGGCGGCAUCUGCCCCUACGCGCUGCUGGAGAAGGCGUACCAGCAGACCGCCGCGUCCGGCACGCCGGCGGCGUCCACGGCCGUCAUCGUGUCGCUCGCCGGCAGGUCCCUCAGGUGGGCGUACGUCGGCGACAGCGGCUUCGCCGUGUUCCGCGACGGCCGGAUCCUGCACCGGUCGCAGCCGCAGCAGUCCUAUUUCAACUGCCCGUUCCAGCUCAGCUCCGACUCCGAGGACAGCAACAAGGUCAGCGAGGCGGCAGUGGGCGAGAUCGCAGUGGAGGAAGGCGACGUGGUGGUGGUCGCGUCCGACGGGCUCUUCGACAACGUGUUCGACGCGAUGCUGGAGAAGAUCGUGCAGUCGGGCCUGGCGCUCAGCUUCACGCCGAAAAACAUGGCUGACAUCAUCGCCAGCCAAGCUUACGCGGCGGCAAGGCGUACCCAGGACACGCCGUUCAGCAUUGCCGCCCGGGGACACGGACGGAAUAAAAUCGGAGGGAAGAAGGACGACACCACCGUCGUAGUCGCCUUCAUCGAGUCUCGGGACAUAGCAUGAUCUUACCAUAGCUACCUAGUGAUGCAGUGACGAGUUAGCAUGGUCUUGUCAUAGGUAGUGAUGUCUGUUAUUACAUCAGGAGUUGGUAACUUCGUAUGGUCUUACUACCAUGGGAGUUAGCAUGAUCUUACCGAAGCUACAGUGUGUCAUCACAUUCCUUGGUUAAAUCAAUUAUAUUAUUCUUUCUUA